AUGACAGUCAUAGCCGAGAGCGGGCUUCGUCCCACGAAAGUCUGGACAACCCUCAUUACUAAUACGGCCUAUCUGACGGGCCUCUUGACCUUGGAAUACUCUCUCCGCAAAGUGGGCUCCAGGUAUCCGUUGGUGGCUCUCUAUACAGACACAUUCCCCGCCGAGGGUCACGAAGCCCUCGAUGCCCGGGGAAUAAUGAAGCAACGUGUCGAGUAUCUCUUGCCAUCAACACCCAAAGAAUACAUCAAUGACCCACGUUUUUACGAUUGCUGGUCUAAGCUCACGCCGUUCUCGCUCGUGGAGUAUGAGCGCGUAGUGCAGCUGGACAGCGACAUGCUCGUCCUUCAGAACAUGGACGAGUUGAUGGAGCUCGAACUAGACGAACCAGAACUGAAUGGCAAUGGGGAUCGCGUAUUUGCCGCUAGUCAUGCCUGUCUCUGCAAUCCGCUUAAAAAGCCUCAUUACCCGGUUGACUGGAUCCAGGCCAAUUGUGCUUUCUUUUCUCAGCAUGAUAAUCCGGAUGCUGCGCAGGAUAUUGGUGCUCCACCAACCACGGGCCUUGGCAUUCCGAAUGGUGGCCUCCAAGUAGUGAAUCCGUCGAAAGGGAUUUACGAGAAAAUUGUUUCUCAGCUCGCUUCCUCUGCAACUUCAAGUUACGAAUUCGCCGACCAGUCUCUCCUCGGAGAUAUGUUCUACGGGCGCUGGGUUGCAAUCCCAUAUAUCUAUAAUGCUCUCAAGACCCUGCGUUGGGAAGGCGUGCAUGACACUCUCUGGCGCGAUAAGAAGGUGAAGAAUAUUCAUUACAUCCUCAGCCCAAAACCGUGGGAUGAAUUUCAUGAGGGUCUUCAGAAAAGCCAGGACCCAUCGCAUAUGUGGUGGAUUGAAAUGAAUGAGGACAGAGUCAAGGAUGAGGAGCAGAGGGGCAAGAAGGAUGGAUUCUGA